AUGAGCGCAGGCUGAGGCACAUUUAACGAAUGAGCCACAGUUGAAAUAGCGUCUCUUAGGUUCUGCUUGCGAAGCUGAAGAAGAUACUGCCAUGCUGCUGCACGUUAGAAACUUGCUUGGCAUUAUCCUUCUUCUUCGGUUCGCCGCCAAAGGCAAGGCUGAGGACAUACUGGUGACCGUGGAUGAGGGCACGCUGCUGGGAACCACAAAAACCAGCCUCUACAACACGACGUAUACGGCCUUCCUUGGAAUCCCAUACGCUGAGCCGCCGCUUGGAGCGCUGCGUUUCGCUGCCCCGCAGCCAGCAGCAGGCUGGGAGGGAGUGCGGAACGCCACAGAGUACGGCAGCGACUGCGUCCAAGAGGACGGCAGCGGCUCAGAGGACUGCCUCUACCUGAACGUGUACGUGCCGGGCGUUCCAGAAGAGGGCGCGCAGCUGCCCGUCAUGUUCUGGGUGCACGGCGGGGGGUAUGUACGCGGUGGGGGCUCUUCCCGCGAGUACGGACCAGACUUCCUCGUCUCCUAUGGUGUCAUACUCGUCACCAUAAACUACCGGCUGGGGGCUUUUGGGUUCCUGAGUACGGGUGACGAGGUGGUUCCCGGUAACGCAGGCAACAAGGACCAGCAGCUGGCGCUGACCUGGGUGCAGAGGAACAUCGGCAGCUUCGGCGGCGACCCUCAGCUGGUCACUCUGUUUGGGGAGAGCGCUGGAGCCAUGUGUGCGUCCUUCCACCUGGUGUCGCCGCUAUCUGCAGGACUCUUCUCAAGGGUCAUCAUCCGGAGCGGCAACUUCAUUGGACACCCAAACCCCUUGGAGUACGCUCGCUGGAACGCUUUCCGACUGGGUUCCAUCCUUGGUUUAGAAACAAAUAACUCACAGGAGCUGGUUGAAUUCCUCCGUUCUCGCGACACGGCGGAUCUUGUCGUGGACAACUCAGUCAUCCUGACAGAUGAGCUGAAGGUCUUAUACAUCUACGAAGUGUGGUCACCCGCAGUCGAACCAGAUCUCGACGGUGCCUUCCUCACGGAGUCAUCAAUUCAGACGCUCAUCGACGGCCGUUUCCACAGAGUACCCAUCAUGACAGGAGUCACUUCCGGAGAGCUGGGUUACAAAAUGGUGAACGACACAGAGAAAGUGGAGAUACUCAACAACGAAUUUGUCAAGUCGGUGGCACCCUGUUUGCACCUUGCUACUGCACAGCAGCAGCAGGAGGCAGCUCUCAAAAUGAGGGAUUUCUACUUCGGUAAUGGCACUGUCUCUGUGGACAAUCCUGACCCUGUUGUGGACUUCAACAACGACAUGAUGUUUUUCGAGCCAGCGGACGCGCUGGUGAGGAAAGUGUCCGAGCUAAGUGACACACCAGUGUUCUAUUAUGAAUUCGACUAUCGCGGGAAGAUAGUCCAAUCUACGAAUUGGGGUGUAAAUCACGCCGGUGAUAUAUUCGUGCUUUUUGUGAGAGAUGAUACGGUGUGUAACCUGGAUCCAGAAUCAGAGGAAGAUCAAGUCCGCAGGAACAUGGUUAGAUACUGGACCAACUUUGCUAAGUAUGGAAAUCCAACCCCGGAAGCUGAUCCAGUUAUCUGGGAGCCGUACAACAAUGUGACCCGCAGCUACAUGCUGAUGCAGUCCAACUUCUCCCUCGCUCACAACAAAGACGCAGAGCGGAUGGACUUCUGGCACGAGAACGUUCCGCUACAACCUUACGCUGAUAACUUUUGGAGACAUGUGUAAAGACUCACAACAUAAGGCUUAUUGAGUUUCAGGAAGAAAUAACUGCUUUCUUAAUUUUGCUAUAACGUGUACAAAAAUUAAAUAUCUUCAUUAUA